AUGGACCGCUGGAUCGGAAAGACGGCUGUUGUUACUGGCGCAAGUGCAGGCAUUGGCGCUGAGAUUUGCGUUCAAUUGGCUAAUUCCGGCCUAAAGCUCGUCGGGUUGGCCAGACGAACGCAACUUGUGGAUGAACUGAAAACACAAAUAACAGGCUCUGGUAGUAUUCAUUCGAUACAAUGCGACAUUACCAAGCAAGAAGACGUCGAAGCAGCAUUUAAGUCAGUGGAAGAGAACUAUGGAGGCACACACAUACUCGUCAAUAAUGCAGGAGUCAUGUAUCCCGGAAAUAUUAGUGAGUUCGGAGACUCACCCGUAAGCUGUGAUGAAAUGUUAUCAACAAUCGACACCAACGUGAAAGGUCUGAUACUAUGCACACGACACGCUCUUAAUUCUAUGAAAACUCAUAACUUUAAUGGGCACAUCAUUAAUAUAUCCAGCGUUGCGGGUCAUUACGUGCCAUUUUUACCUGUGUUUAACUCAUACCCAGCGAGUAAGUACGCAGUGUCGGCCUUCACACAGUCACUUCUCAACGAAUUAGCGCAUUUGAACAGCAAUAUUAAAGUUACGAGCAUAGCGCCGGGGCUAGUGAAAACCGAUAUGGUCGAAAGGGAAGGUAAAACUUUAGAUGUACCGAUGCUGACUCCAGGAGAUGUAGCUGAUGCGGUGUCUUAUGUACUCUCCACUCCCCCUAACAUAAAUAUAAACGAGCUUUCUCUGUGCCAUGUAUCGGAGAAGAGGCUGUAA